GAAGACGCGUUUUUUUUUCUCCCUUCUAUUUGCCCUUUAUACACACACACACACACCCUCUUGUAGCCGAGCGUACCACAGCUAACCGUAUGUGAUAAGCCCUUCUUCUGAAAUCAACCCCACCAGCAACACACAAAAACUAAAGCAAACCCCUCUUCUUCCCCUCUUUUUCAACCUUCUUCUACCUACGAAGUACUUCAGUCGCUUCGCGGUGGUAGCGAGUUAACCUGCCAGAUUUAAUUCAAAAAUCCCUAAUUCAAAUAAUUCAAAUCAGUCAAGCCAUUUGCUUUUCUCUUUCUCUUUCAAUCAGUAUCCUCAGUCUUCUUACCUUAUUCUCUCACACAAACUCUCUCUCUAAAUCAACUCAUUCACUUACUUUUCCCUUUUCUAUCAACGAUGGGAACUCGACGACAACGACAACAACAACAACAACAACAACAACAGCUCGUUGGUAAUUUCAAUACAACGGUGACGCCCUUGGUUGGCAUGACAAAUCAGACAACGACAGCACCAGCAGCAGGGACCAUGACAACAGCAACACAGCCACCACUACCACUACCAGCCACAGUAGACGGCAGCGGCGGGGGAGCAGCAGCAGCAGCAGCAGCAGCAACAUCAACAUCGUCAUCAAUGCCCCCACGUCAGUUGUCAGGAAGUCGUGAAGCGAUGAAACCUCUUUACGAUCGACUGUUGGAACGCUCAUUCGCAGACAGUGCCUCGGCUGUAGAAUUCUGCCGGACUACAUGUGCUGAGCAUGGCUUUACUGUAAAGCAAGAAGCGAGUGCAAACAAGGUAUGCGAUAUACAGCCACCCACAAACACACACACACAGUGUGUCUCUCUACGUGUAUCUUUGUAUUUCUUUAUGCAAAAACAAGGUUUGCGCCAUCAUAUUUACGUUUACUGUUCACGCGAAGGCCUGCCUGAUUCUGUUCGAAAGCCCCGCUCCUCACCACAACGUAAGCGACCCUCCAAACGCUGCGACUGUCGAUGGCGCGUCGUACUGUCCGAGACCGAGCCAGGCCGUUGGGAAUUUCGACGUUCACUCAACCCAAACGCAGCAGAGCAUAACCACGAAAUGAUGUCACCUGAUGAAAUGGUUCAGAACUGGCCUAACGAGGUCAAUGAAUUGAUAAUAGGACUAGCCCGCCAACGUAUGCAGACGCAUGAGAUCCGUGAUAGGGUCAAGCAGCGGUAUCCUUCAAUCGCAUGGAACGAGAGGCGAUUUUACAACCGGUUGACGGAGGAACGGAAGCGGAUACGGCAACGUGAUGUCAUGGAUCGAAGCCAGCGGCUGUUAACGGUUUCGGCACGCGUGUGUUCCCUUGUGGCUGCCAACGAGGACUGGUCGACAUGCGUCGAGUCUGAAUUCACGCGUCUGUUGAAACAUUAUUGUCAGCUAGCACGGACGGAUGCAGAAGGGUUGGUCAAUUUUGAUACGGAUGCCAUGCAAGUGGUGGAUGAUCAGCAAAGUGGUAGCGUCUGCGACAGUGCGUCGUCAUCGUCCAACAGCGAUUUUGAUAAUAGCCAGUCGGAUGAGAUUGAGGAUGACAAACCUUUGCCAAAACGGCGCAAGUCGGUCGCGUCCAUGGCAUCCCAGAGUCAACAGCAAAAGCAACACCAUCACCAACAACAGUCUAAUUCAGCAGCAGCAGCAGCAGCAGCAUUGGCAAAAGGAACACAGACGGUGCAUAUCCCCGGUUACACAUUGUUUGUGCGACUGCAGUCGCAGCGUGGGUCGUCUGAAGGAACCUCUUCCUCGACGCAAAGUGUUGGACGACGCAACACGGCGUCAACCACAGAUCAGUUGGAUGUCAACCCGCUCUCGUUCCCACUUGCAUCUCCGGGAGCAUCCUCCUCGUCCUCACAAUCAUCAGCAUUGCUGCAUCAGUAUGCUUUGCAACAACAGCAGCAGCAGCAGCAGCAGCAGCAGCAGCGAUCACCCAGCUCACCACAACCACAACAACAGUCCAUGACAGAUGCCGCUCUAAUGACGACUGCGCCAUAUCGCCAGCAGAUACCAGGUCAUCAUCACCAUGCCCACGGGACAAAAUUUGCAGCAAUGCAACAACAACAACAACAGAAUCAUCCGACGAGUAGCAAUGGAGCUGCGUUGACGCCAGCAUAUGCAGUUUCAGGCAAUGCAUUCUCGUCGCCACCGUCAGAAUUGUCCUUUGCAUUUGAAAGCCUCGUCCAGCCGCCUUGGGAUCAACAACAACAACAACAGUCGCAGCAACAGCAGCAGCAGCAGCAGCAGCCACAAAGAAUGUCUGAAAAUGGUGCUAUAGCAAUGCAUCCGAAUCAAUUUGGUUCCAUGGUGAUGGAUGCUAAGCAACAAGCGCUGCUAUUUGGCUACAUGCCGGACAACCAGCAACUACAGCAGCACCAGCAGAGAUCCAUGCGUAUGAAUGAUCAUCCGUUGCGCCACUCACUGCCUCUUCAGAUAGAUGGUAGCAGUCCUGACCACACUACUACUGUGAAUGGCUCUCUGCACACAGACCCAGCCCAUUGGGGCUAAUAUAGCAGUAUCUCCCCUUUCCAAUUUUUUCUUCUUCUUCACACUCACAUCAUGGUCUUCUUUUCCUCAUAUGUUAUAUUCUUUCAAAGUUAGCAGUAUUAGUAAAUAGCAGCAGCAGCAGUACUC